GGAGAGCGAAGUAGACAAGUAGUUCGCACCAGGUUUUCUUCGAUUGAAAAGAAUUUCAACUUGUUCAAAUACUAUUUUAUAUUCUUUGAAGAAAAAGAAAACACACAUUUUUUCUACUUUAAUCAAAUCGAUUCUCAAGGGAAUCUUAAGUAAUCGGUUGCUAUAUCUAUCCCCAAAUAUUCUUAUGCUAUUCAGUGAGAGUGCUUAACAAUUAAAAGUGUAAUUUUAAUUAAUAUCCAUCGUUACAUCGAAUAAAUUCAUUAAAUUAAAAAAAAAAACAAUAAUGGCAUUAGAAACCGAUGAAAAUGUUCCUCCAAAACCAACGACAGGAGAUAAGAACGAAGUUGCCGGUGCAAAGUCUUCCAGUAACUCAGUAGGAGCAGCAGCAGCAGCAGAGAAUACCGAUAAUGCGGGCAAGAAAAAAGGUAAAGGUUCCAAAAGUGGAAACAAGAACAAUGAUAAUACCCUGACUAAUGGCCAUGCAGCAGCCGACUCGAAAAACGAUAAACCAGCAGCGGCUGAAAUAAAUGCCAAUGAAACAAGCAGUACAGAGAAAAAACCGGAAAAAGAAGAUGAUAGUGGCGGUGAUGAUCGAUCCGAGGAGAGUAUUGACUUGGACAUGUUGCACGACAAUGGAAUAACAGUCCACAUCCAAAGUCCUGGAGCUGAAUUGCUUUCUAUACAGUUGUCAAGUAUGGAGCUAGUGCAAGAAAUCCAUCAACUACUAAUGGAUCGUGAGGAUACUUGCCAUCGAACGUGUUUCUCCCUUCAAUUGGAUGGCGUUACUUUGGAUAACUUUGCAGAAUUGAAGAAUAUCGAGGGCUUGAAGCAUGGUUCGACGGUGAAGGUGGUAGAGGAGCCGUAUACAAUGCGCGAGGCUCGUAUCCAUGUGCGUCAUGUUAGAGAUUUGUUGAAAUCCAUGGAUCCGGCUGAUGCUUAUAAUGGAGUCGAUUGUAAUUCGCUGUCCUUCCUCCACACCAUUACUCAGGGUGAUUUGUUAGAGAAGAAAAAAUCCCGACCCGAUAGCGUAGAUUGUACACCACCAGACUACAUUAUGCCUGGUUCAAAAGAACGUCCCUUGUUGCCGCUGCAACCGGGCGCAAAAACCUCUAAAGGUCCGCAAUCGUUGAAAGUUCUGACUACUUCAGCAUGGAAUCCCCCGCCCGGUCCACGCAAACUGCAUGGCGAUUUGAUGUACUUGUACGUUAUAACCAUGGAGGAUAAACGCUUCCAUAUUUCAGCCUGUCCGAAGGGUUUCUACAUCAAUCAGUCGACCGAUGAAGUCUUCAAUCCCAAACCGGACAAUCCCAGUCAUUUGUCACACUCGUUAAUUGAUUUACUAUCACAGAUCUCGCCCUCGUUUAAGAGGGCAUUCUCUCAAAUGCAGAAGAAGCGCACCCUUCGACACGCUUUCGAAAGAGUCGCAACUCCCUACCAAGUUUACACUUGGUCAUCACCUCAGUUGGAACACACAAUUGAUGCCAUUAGAGCCGAGGAUGCUUUCUCAUCAAAAUUAGGUUAUGAAGAACACAUUCCUGGCCAGACCCGCGACUGGAACGAGGAACUACAAACAACUCGCGAACUUCCGCGCAAAACACUGCCCGACCGGUUAUUGCGGGAGCGAGCCAUCUUCAAAGUUCAUGGUGACUUUGUCAUUGCUGCCACACGUGGUGCUAUGGCAGUAAUUGAUGGCAAUGUUUUGGCCAUAAACCCCGGUGAAGAUCCCAAGAUGCAAAUGUUCAUUUGGAACAAUAUUUUCUUCUCUCUGGGCUUUGAUGUGCGCGAUCACUACAAAGAGCUGGGUGGGGACGUUGCUGCUUUCGUAGCUCCUCGCAAUGAUUUGCAUGGCGUUCGUGUUUAUAGUGCUGUUGAUGUUGAGGGACUUUACACCCUCGGAACAGUUGUAAUCGAUUAUCGUGGAUAUCGUAUCACUGCGCAAUCGAUUAUUCCGGGAAUUCUCGAGCGCGACCAAGAACAAUCGGUGGUGUAUGGUUCGAUUGAUUUUGGCAAAACAGUACUAAGCCAUCCAAAGUAUUUGGAAUUACUCCGUAAGGCUGCCAAACAUCUGAAGAUUUUGCCUCACUCAGUUCUCAACGAGAAGGACGAGGGAGUAGAGCUGUGCUCCUCAGUAGAGUGCAAAGGAAUUAUUGGCAACGAUGGACGUCAUUAUAUUUUAGACCUCCUACGUACUUUCCCACCAGAUGUGAACUUUUUGAAAAUCGAAGGUGAGGAGCCAAGUGCUGAAUUGAAAGCAAUGGGCUUCCCCAUCGAACACAAACACAAGCUCUCCUGUCUGCGACAAGAGCUUCUCGAGUCGUUCAUCGAAGAUCGCUAUGUGAGCUUCAUUCGAAAUGCAGCUCAACACUUGCAACAGUUGAACGCUAACAAAAAGAAGGCAGACGCAGCAACCACUCAAACCGACGCCAACAAGAACCAAGCAGCAAUUGAGGACAAGAACAAGGAUGAGGAGAAAUCACAAGAUAAAGCAAUAGAAAAAGUCACCACCGACGAGAUCAAUGCAAACGCCUCCACAGAGGAAGCCAAAAAGUUGACAGAAAGCGUGAACGAGAACAAUGCUCACGAUGAGAAACAAGCAGCCGAGGUUGUGAAACGGGCUUGUACCGCUGUUGGAUCGCUUAAGGAAUACGAGUUCGAUUUCCGUUUCAAUCCCGAUGUAUAUUCGCCAGGAAUAAGGCAUGUUGACCCUGGUAACACGCCCAGUUCCCUUAAGAAACAAAAGCAACUGGUAAGAGAUGCAGCAGAGUUCUUGGUGCAGAAGCAAAUUCCUGCAUUUAUCAAGGAACAUAUGGAUCAUUUGUCGGCUGCCAUUGAUGGCUGCAAUUUGACUGAAACUUUACAUGCCCGGGGCAUCAAUAUAAGGUAUUUGGGGAAAGUAGCGCAGCUGCUAGGGCAGGUUCCAAGACUUGAAUACCUCUACCACAUUGCCGUCCAGGAGUUGAUUGUUCGUGCAGCUAAACACAUUUACUACACCUAUAUGCAAAAUACCGAAGUUAUGAGCUUAUCCGCUGCCAUAAGCCACUUCCUAAACUGUUUCCUAACGAGUGGACCCGUCACGGCACCAGCAUUGGGAUCAGAUGAGCUACAAAAAACCAACAAACGUCGCAACAAACGUAAGAAUGGUAAAAACGCACUCUUCGGCAAUGACAACAACGAAUGGGCGCUGAUAACACCCAAAUCCAUGUGGCAACAUAUUAAGCGCGAAAUCAAAUCGUACUAUGACUUUGAUUUGGAGUGUGAGGAUGCACGAUCUGUUAUUGAAACAUACAAGUUGCAAAAGAUCAGCAUUCUCCGUGCGUUCUGCUUGAAAGUGGGUAUUCAAAUUUUGCUGAGGGAGUAUAACUUUGAGUCGCGCAACAAGCCCACAUUCACUGACGAAGACAUUGUCAAUGUGUUCCCAAUUGUCAAGCAUAUUAAUCCUCGGGCAACUGACGCAUACAAUUUCUAUACAACUGGUCAAUCAAAAAUCCAACAGGGUUACUUUAAGGAAGGUUACGAGCUGAUAAGCGAGGCAUUGAAUUUAUUGAAUAACGUCUUUGGAGCAAUGCACUCCGAGAAUGGGCAAUGUCUCAGGAUGUUGGCUCGACUAAGCUACAUAUUGGGAGAUCCACAGGAAGCGUUGGCCAUUCAACAGAGAUCGGUGAUAAUGAGCGAAAGAGUUAAUGGCAUUGAUCAUCCAUACACUAUUUUAGAAUACACACAUUUGGCGCUAUACUGCUUUGCAAAUGGACAAAUAAGUACAUCACUGAAGUUGCUUUACCGAGCUCGAUACUUGCUUCUGUUGAUUUGUGGAGAGGAUCAUCCAGAAAUCGCAUUAAUUGAUAGCAACAUAAGUUUGAUUCUGCACGCAGUUGGGGAAUAUGAGCUUUCCCUUCGAUUCAUUGAACAUGCUCUAUCAUUAAAUCUUAAAUAUUACGGAGCUAAAUCAAUGCAUGUGGCUGUAAGCUACCAUCUGGUUGCUAGAACGCAAAGUUGCAUGGGUGAUUUCCGUUCAGCGUUGACUAAUGAAAAAGAAACAUAUUGUAUCUAUAAAUCACAGUUGGGUGAGAAUCACGAAAAGACUCAGGAAUCAUCACAGUGCCUACGUCUGUUAACACAACAAGCCGUCUUCCUACAAAAGAAAAUGAACGACAUCUACUCCAAUGGCAAGCUAACAACUGGUCUGCCACCAAUUCACAUUCAACCACCGACAAUGGGUUCUGUAUUAGAUAUGCUUAAUGCAAUUAAUGGAAUUUUAUUUGUUCAAAUCAGUCAAAAAGAUAUCGCUAAAGUGCGCACGGAAAUCGAAAAGCAUUUAAGAGAUAGCGAACCAAAUGAGACAACAGAAACUUUAAAGAAACUAACUGCAAUCACCGACGAUGAGACUGAAGCACCAAAGAAACUAACUAAUGGUGAUCUAGCAGCAGCAAAAGUUUCCACCAAAAACGACACUAUCGAGUCACAAUCAGAGACACCAAAGCCACCACCACAAACCGAUGUCACUGUUACAAGUUGAAUUAGUUAAGCAUAGUUAUUAUACAAAAAAAUAUUCUAGGAGUUAGAAUACAAAAUGUGUAGAUGUAAAAAAUUAAACAUUACUUUUCUUGCAUCUCUUAAACUCUAUUCUUAAUAAAUAAAAACAACAUAAACAUAAAUAUAAAUACCCUAAAUAUUAACAAACAAACAAAACAAAAACCAAAUCACUACACCACAAACAGUAAAUUAGAAUGAAAAUAAUAGCAAUUAGGUUAUUGUAAAACGUAUCAUAAAACAACAAAAUAAAAUCUAAACUUAAAGACAACAAAACCAUAAACAAAUUAAAUGAUUAAGGUAUAGGAGCUGAGAAGUGUAAACAUAACCAAAAACCAAAAAACGAAAAAGAAAAAAGAAAAAAGAAGAUCUUAAACGCAUCGGAAUUUUUUUUACAAACAAAUAAAGAGUAGGUUUAUACAAUAAGCCAUUAUUUUCGCGUGCUUUUACGAAAUAAAAAUGAACAAAAUAAAAUAAGUUCGUAUAACGAAAGAAAAAUAUAAAAAUAUAAAAUUCAAAAAAGGAACAGCAACGGUUUCCUUUUAAUCCAAUCCGCUAAAGUGCAAUUGUUUUUGUUUAAAUCGAAACUCCAUAAAUAGCUGAAUACAUAAUAAGGAAAUUCAUUUGCUACACCCUCCUUUAAUUAAAAAUAUCCUAAAAUUUUGUAUGUUACAUGCCAGGUCUUAAUCAAUUAAUACCAUGUGCGAAUAUUGAUUCGAUGAUAUUUGUAUCAAGUUGAUUAAGAUCUUGCAUUAAGUGUCGUCUCAUCACAAACAAAAACCCUAUCAAACUUUGAUUUUUAUUAAAUCAUCCAAUAAAAAUCAUUAAGAUCACAAAACUUUUAAACAAAAAGGAUAUAAAUAUUCAAAAUUUUACAAACAAAAUAAGUAAACUAAUAAUAAAAUAAACUACAAAGGAAAAGAAAAAAAAACAAGAACAAUAAUCAUUAAUUUUAAAUAAAUAUAGAAAUUGAUCUUGUUACUGUUAAAACUAGUAUGUAGCAUUAUAUUGUUGAUUGUUUUUAUUUUGUUUUUGUUUAAUUAUUAAAAUAACAUUAAAUACAAAAAAUAACUAAAAUGAGGUCGCAUUCGCUCAUUACACAUAUUCAUGCAUCUAUACAUUUUAUUUUACUAAAACAAAACAAACAAAAAUUAAAUGAUGUCUCAGUUUAUAAUAAAAAUGAAAAAGAUUUGAAUACAAAAACAAAAAAAUAAAAAAAUGCUUUGCAUAUUA